GCAGUUUUGUGGCAUCAUUUCCUUUCACUGCGCAGUGCUAAACCGUACUUCAGUUCCUCAGUUCCACAUUUUAGCAGAGGCAGGAACACAGCUCUUGAUAUUUCUUUCUUUUUUUUAAGCAUUUCUGAAGGAAUUGAGAGAACUUUUUAUUCUACCAUGUAGAACUAUGGAACAAUAUUAACAAGUGAACUUGAAAGAAUGUAAUAAAUUAAAACUCUCUUCAUUCUGGAGAGAGAACAUGGAAACAUCAUUAGUUUUAUUUUCUCAAUUAAAUAUGUGUGAAUCCAAAGAGAAAACUUUUUUCAGAUUAAUGCAUGGUUCAGGAAAAGAAGAAACAAGCAAAGAAGCCAAAACGAGAGCUAAGGAAAAAAGAAAUAGGUUGAGUCUUCUCGUGCAGAAAGCCGAGUUUCACACCGACACCCACUCCAAUAGACCAGGGCACUCGGGCAAAGAAUCACGAGUUCUCCUUGAAGAAGCAAAGAGAUGGGGUGAAUCAUUUGACAAACUGCUUUCCCAUAGAGAUGGACUAGAAGCUUUUACCAGAUUUCUUAAAACUGAAUUCAGUGAGGAAAACAUUGAGUUUUGGAAAGCCUGUGAAGAUUUCAAGAAAAUCAAGGAACCUCAACAAAUUACUUGUCAAGCAAGAGCCAUAUUUGAGAAAUUUAUACAGAAUGAUGCGCCACAGGAGGUUAACCUUGAUUUUCAUACCAAAGAAGUCAUUACUAAGAGCAUCACCCACCCCACCCUCCACAGUUUUGAUGCUGCACAGAGCAGAGUAUAUCAGCUCAUGGAACAAGACAGCUACACACGCUUUCUGAAAUCUGACAUCUAUUUAGAUUUGCUGGAAGGAAGACCUCGGAGACCAACAAAUCUUAGGAGACGAUCACGCUCAUUUACAUGCAGUGAAUUCCAAGACGUAAAAUCAGACGUUGCCAUUUGGUUAUAAAGAAAAUUGAUUUCGCUCACUUUGAUGACAAAUUUAUACAUCUGAUUCAAAGAUGUAACAUGUUUAUGUUAAGAAACGGUUACAUCGCCUAAGAUAAAAUACUUAUGUGAAAGGAUUUAAAAAACGUAAAUCAAACCUUUGAUACUUUUGAUACUAACAAAACAGUCUGUCAAUAUUUUCUAUAUAACCUUUCAUUUGAUGUCAUUCCUUUCAUUAUCAUAAAAAUAUUUCUUAUCUAAAAGGCAGUAAAGAAGAAAUAACAUUUUGUAAAGUUGUAAAGUUAAGAAAAGACUAAGCUUUCACGAAAUUUCAAAAUUUUAUUAUAUCUUUACUUUGGAUUUUUUUUCUCUCAGUGUAAACAACACAAUAUUCAAAUGUCCACAUGUUCAGGCUGCGUUUUCCAAAAAGGAAAGCACUCACUUUCUUUCUCAGUAGCAGAGACGAUAGGUGUGAUCCAGUUUUUAUAAUGGAAGAGGGUGAACGUUUGCGCUUCGGUUACUAAACCUGAAUCAAGAAUAUCAGUUUAUCACUUCUAAUUAGAAGUCAGUCAUGGGAACUUUAGUGCAGACACGUUCGUCUCUACAUAACUUUCAGGUUUGUGGCCACCAUUGUGGGUUAGGGCACGGCCUGUGAUGCCUCCCGUAAGAGCACUGGUCCCAGUCCCAGCUACCCAGAUCCAGCUCCCUGCUACUGUACCUGCGAAAAAGCAGAAACGGUCCAAGUGCUUGGGCUGCUGGCACCCAACAAGGAGACGUGGAAGGAAUAUCAGGCUCCCGGCUACAGCCUGGCCCAGCCCGGAACACUGUGGCCACUUGAGGGACUAAACCACCAGAUGGAAGAUCUCUCACUCUCUCCCUACCCCCUCCCUAAUUCUGCCUUUCAAGUAAAUAAAUAAAUAAUAAAUAAAUAAAUAAAUAAAUCUUUGUAUUAAACAAAAAGAAAACAUUUUCAGGUUAAACAUGAAGUAGGUUGGUGAGUGAGGAUGGCAUUCAUUCACACUUAGUCCCACUGCCAAGUGUAGACUUACCCAGUUCCGUGGAGCACUUCUGGCCCAGAACGUGAAGCACAUCACGUAUACCUCCAGGGUGGGAUUUCUUCCCUGCUCAGAGAAUCUCUGCUGGAACAGUAGGCAUCCAGUGUCUGAGUGAUGACCAGAUGAGCCUUUUCUCCGGAGUAAUUAGGUCUUGUGGAAUCGGGGUAGAAACAGACAUGAGAAGAGGUGAGGAAGGAAAAUUUUACAGGCUCAGAAAGUAUUUACAUACUCAGAAAGUGUUUUUCAUUGAUUAUGCUUAUUACAUGUCUCAUUUAAUACUCUAUUACUCAAAAAUGUUCAUACUAAUAAGUAUAUAUAAAUAUGUGGAAAAUGUUUAAUUUUAAAUUAUAUUACAUGAACUGCAAACAUCUGUAAAGAUGUCAUAUCUUUGACUCAGAAAUGUUUUAGUGAAAUAUAAAUGUAAAAAUUUUAGAUAGUUUAUAGUAAUAAAUGCUUUUAAUUUAUCCAUUCAUACAGUUUAUUUGAUCCUCUAUUUGUUGACUGUCCUUCCUAUUGUCAAAUAAGAAAUAAACAUACUUUCUUAUGUUCAAAUAA